ACUGAAAAUUUCGGCGCGAGGAAAUUUCGGCGCGGCAUUUUUUAAAUUAACUAUUACUAUUAUGAAAAAUUAUCUUAAUAAAAUCGUCAAUAGUGCAAUCCUACCAAAUAUAGCUGUUAUCGUGUAACGUAAGAACCAACUAUAUGUCUAUAUAGGUAAGAUAAAAGUAUAGGUUAUUAACCCACAGCAGUUAAGAUAUAAAGUGACGAUUAUGUAUACGCGUAGUGUAUGAACUGUAAAGCAAUCAGUUCUGGACCUGUCAUCAUUGCUGCACAAAAAUUUAUACUUGUUAAAAUGUCUAAUUUAUUAUCGAACCGCGGACGUGAAAUUUUUGUACAAGACGGUUUCAUGUAUAUUUUCGACAAAUUUAAUUUUAACCGUACAAAGCGAUUUUGGAGGUGUCGCAAUAAAGAUAUGUGUAAUUGUCGAAUUCAUACAGGAAUCGAUGAUUAUAUUAUACAAAAAAAAAUUAACGACCACACUCAUGAUUCUGAAGCGGCUAAAAUAGAAGUAGAGGCUGCAAUUACAAAAAUUAAGACACGUGCACUUCAAACAAUGGAGCCUACAUCAGUUGUAAUAAACGAAUGUGUUGGACCUUUAUCCGAAGCAGCUAAAGCCACUUUGCCAAAUAAUUCAACUUUAAAAAAAACGAUUCGGCGAAAACGUCAAGAAAUCCAAAUGGCACCACAUAAUCCAGUCGACCUAACUACACUAGACAUCCCACCCGCGUAUACUAUGUAUUCUCCAUCAAACGGUAAUGAGGAAAUAUUUUUACAAAGUGAUAGUGGUCCAGGUUCUAAUAGAAUAUUAAUUUUUUCUCGAUCUAAGAGCCUUGAUAUUUUGGAAAAUUCGAGCGUUUGGUACAUGGAUGGUACAUUUAAAGUUGCACCUCCAUUAUUUAGUCAAGUAUAUGUAAUAUUAGCUGAAUAUUUACAUGGUAUACUGCCUAUGGUUUAUAUUUUACUCCCCGAUAAACAAUCAGUAACAUAUGAUCAUAUGUUUUUAAUGUUGAAAAAUUUAAGACCGGCUAUAAAUCCUAAAUCAAUUUCAUGCGAUUUUGAACAAGCGGCCAUAAAAUCAAUAAAAAAAGCAUUUCCCAAUGUUAAAAUAUAUGGUUGUUUAUUUCAUUUGUCGAAAAAUUUUAAAAAGCAAGUUGGUGCAUUAAAUCUCACAACUCGAUAUAACAAUGACGCUGAUUUUUCUAUAUCAGUUAAAAUGAUAAUUUCAUUAGCAUUUGUAAAAAUAGAAGAUCUUGAUUUUGCAGUUGAUUUAUUAGCUCAACAUCUUGAUGAGGAAUUAAAUAAUUUAUUAGAAUGGUUUGAAGAUAAUUAUAUAGGUCGAAUUAACCGUAAUGGUCGGGGAAGAAGAAAUGCGCGUUUCCCUCCAGAAAUUUGGAAUUUAUAUGAUAGAGUCUUAAAUUCAGAAAAUAGGACAAAUAAUCAUGCCGAGGCAGCAAAUAGGAGGUUGAAUAUUGAAAUGGGAGUGUGUGGCCCAACAAUUUGGACAUUUAUAAAUUGCCUAAGAAGGGUUCAAACAGGCCACGAUGUUUUUAUGACGCAACUAACUGCUGGAGGGAGUCCCCCUAAAAAAUUAAAAAAAUAUACCGACCUAAAUCAUCGAUUACAUAAAAUAGUUAGUGAAUAUAAUAUAAGAAAUUGUAUGGAUUAUUUAAAGGGAAUCGCUCAUAAUAUUUCUUUAAAAUAA